UCUUGCCCCCAGGACGGCGCGGUGCUGGGGUGCUGGCGCAGUGGUGUCGCAACGUGCCGGGAACGAUCACGAUAACACGAGCGGUUGCCCUGGUGCCGGGCUUUGCUGUUGCAGUGCUUUGCUAAAGAGAGUGGGCGUGCGGCUUCCUCUGGGCCGAUCUGAUUUCUCCGGGAGCGUGGUUUAAGGCACACUCAGGAGAAAUCGCCUUCUGUGGAGCAGGGGCACAACCCCUCUGUGGCUGUGCACACCAAGAGCUCUUCUCUUUGCGGGGGUGAGAAAACCCACUGGCUUAUUGAUUUUCUGCGGAAACAUCAGCCAGCAGUGAAGAGCAAAGGGAGCAACUUUUGGGGUCUACGGGGUCCCCGUGGGGCGGCAGGGAGGUGGCAUCCAUGUGAGCCUCCAUCCUCACCCCACUGGAGAAACCAGGCAGGAGCCGGGGAGCCUCACAGACCCAAAGGCCAGCAGAGCAAGCACAGAAGGCAGAAGCGGCCACCUGGCCCCAUGUCAUGGGACACAGGGCAGCACGGGGCCCCUGGGCUCCCCAGGGGCACACUGCAGAAAUCAGCGUCAAUGUACACAGAAAUACAGCAGGAGCACUCUGACAGUGGGAGCAUCCUGACUCACCCGGACUGCAUAGAUGGGAACCCAGACCUGAUCAAACCUAAAAAGCUUCUCAACCCUGUCAAAGCCUCCAAGAGCCAUCAGGAGCUGCACCGAGAGCUGCUGAUGAACCAUAAGAGAGGCUUGAGUGUUGACAGCAAGCCGGAGUUGCAGAGGGUUCUUGAGCACCGACGGCGAAACCAGGUCCUCAGGCAGAAGAAAGAAGAGGAAGAGGCCAAGAAGUUGCAGUCUCCCUUUGAAAAAGAGCUACUGAAGAGGCACCAGCGACUGGAUCAGCUGGAGAAAGAGCGGGAGAAGCAGGAAGACCGUGCACCAGAAUUCAUUAAAGUCAAAGAAAAUCUGAGAAGAACAUCAACGGUGACUGGAGAAGAAAAAGCAGCGUAGCUUCUGCCAAAACCUACCAAGGCUGAUGCUUCUGUACAUGGUGGACACUCACAGCCACAUCUUUGGGGCUACUCAUGUCAUUAACACUUGCUCCAGUAGAAGGCACAAAAAAGGUUUUCCCAUCCCAGGAAGGUCUCAUGAUCAAAAAGGUGCAGUAUUCACUGAAGAGGUCCUCACACGAGGUGAUGCAGAGCGAAGCAAUGUCCCUUUCCUCCCUAGUGGUGGGAGCACACUAACCUCCAGCUAACUCCUGGUUAAUCCUCACGAUGCGGCCAAGGUGUGAGCCAGGGGAGUCAGCAGAGGGAUGGGCAUUGCCAUGGGCUGGGGGACCUGCAUCCCCUGGAGGUGGGCUCACCAAGCAGGGCAGCAGGAGGGCGGCUGCAGCUUUGGAAAUCUCCUGGCAAAUAAGCGUGGUGACUAAAGGGACAAUCUACGUAUCACUGGGAACAGCCCAAGGGUUAGUGGCAUUGCAGCACCACACAAGACAAACAGUGCCAUCACACUGCGAGAAAAAUCAACUCCUGAGUGCCCACACCAGCUCAGCAUUGGAAGGCCAGGUGUCACUUGUUCUUCACGAGCAUCUUUAAGCUGCAUUUCAAACCUGCUUGUAAAUAGCUGUUGAGCUGUUUGCCCUGUUCCACGCUUAGGCAUAAAAUACACAGAACUUCCCAUGAAAGCCCCAGGUGAGAGGCAAAUGCUCCAUGCAGGAAUCUGGGGGCUCAGCAUGGGUGUAAGUGGAAGCACGUAGUGAGCAGUCAGCAGGCUCCUGUGGAUCUGGCAAAGAGAAGCAGAGAUGAACUGCUUUGCACCUCCCUGCUGAGCCUCAGCCCCACACUCUGGACAUGUGCUACUACAGUGGUCAGCAAAACCCGUCCUGUGAUGCCAUGCUGAUGUCAGGAUGCUGGCAGGGGUCACAGCUGACACCAGCACAUAUUGUGGGCUACAGGGCAUGGAGGUACUGCUGCAAAGCUGCUUCUCAGUGCUCCUCAUCCCUUCUUCCAGAGGACAGUGCUGCCUCACGCCAGUUGCCAUGUCACAAAGGUAAACAUCUUCCUGCUGCUGACAGAGCAAAGCUGACAUAGAUGGUGCCUUUGCACCAUGGAUAUCUGGAGCACAUCACAUUUACGGGGCACUCAUGCUCUGAGAUGUUCACAUGUAGAGCUAAAAUCGCUUCUUCAGGUAGAUCCCAGCUUCUCUCAGUCUUGCUACAAAGCCUCAACAGCAAAACUCACUGAUUGCCUUCAAACACUGGCUCUUAAACAGCAAGAAUUAACAGGCAUGGUCAGCUGGGAAGGUGAUACCUAGUUAAACAGUGUCCACCAUCCACAUGUUCAGUGGAUCCAUAUGUGAAUUAAGGGAAAAGGAGCGUUUAUCACAUCUUUAUCAAGGAGCUACUAACCCAUUCCCCAGACCCUCUGGUCCAGCAGGGUGUUUCAUUUCAGAGGAUGCUGCUCAGCUUGGCAGCUCAAGUAAAGCAUCUGAGCCAUAUCACACAUCAUGAGCAGCAGUACAGGUAUGGGGCCUCUGGACAGCACUACAUCUCAAAACUCUUGGCCUGGUCUCAGCCCCUGGGAGCCCUGUCUCACAGCACUGCCCCUUUGGCAGCUCUUAGCUUCUCACCCAUCAUGCUCUAAAGACUCUGUUAUUUCAGAGAUCCAGUGCAUAUGGUCCUUAUGGAUCAAACAAGAUCUGACAGGAUUUGCUUCUUUUCAUAUAGCCUGUAAUUAAAACCAUGAGGAAGAAGCAGCAUUGAGGAUUUAUUCAGGCAGAAAAAAAAAGCCAAAUUCCUGUAAGAGAAAAAUAUUUUGCUAAGGAUACUUGUAAAGAGCUGCACAGAAUGUUUUACAAUACUCCAUCAAUUAUCAGUUUCAGUAACAAAUCAGAACAUACCGAGCUGUGUUUUUGUGAGCAGUUACGACACAGAUCAAGUAACCUUGAUCAAAGAGCUCCAAAAAAUUAAGUAAAUUAGUUUGUAAUUUUGCCACAGAUGGAAAUGCACUCCAGAAGAGACAAUCUGUCACUCCAUAUGCACCGGUGAAAUCAGCGCUAUCAGCACUCCUUGCCUGGGACAGGGGCACUUACAGAAGACCUUGGGUGGGAAACUGAGUGCUCAGUGCAGGUGGAGAACAUUUGGCUGUUAUCUUCUUGAAUAUUUGGUAUUAUCUGAAAAAAAUCAAGGUGUUUUCCUUUCACUUGGUGUCCAUCAAGCAUGAAGAGGGGCUGCAGUGUGGGACUGCCGAGUGGCGUCAGGUGUCCAGAAGGGAAAGGGGUGUCCAAAUAGCACUGUCCUAACAAACACUAUGCUAACAGAGAUAGAGCCCAAAGAAAUCCUUCCAGAUGUGGAGAAACAACAGAGUCCAAAACAGGCAGAGCAGAGAGGGCAAGACCCAACACUGCAGGACCCCAACAACCCCAGCAGAUGCUCCCAGCAAGAGAUUUUGGGAUAUCUUUGUGUGUCCUUUCCUUUUAAAUGAUUUCCUGAAUUUGGGUCCUAAGCCCCUAUGUCCCUAGAACAAGCUCCUAAAUAAACGUGGUUUAUCUGGAAGAUGCAGACGAUCAGAAUAUUGACAGAAGACAAUUUUUUGCACGGUGUUGCAUGUGAUGUAUAGUUUCUAUUGUGUCAGUGUUCAUACAUACAUAUAAACGCAUGUUGUGCAACUACUGUUAACAGUCACUGCUCACACUGCUUAACGAGGACAGUUCUGAAGAAACAAAACACCAGCCCAUGCCCAAAGCCACGUCCCUCAGUGCCACGUCUACAUCUUUCUUUAUCACCUCCAGGGAUGAUGAACCCAUUUGUCCCCAGGCAGCAUGUGCCAAUGCACUGCCACUCUUCUGGAGAACAAAUUGUUCCUACUACCCGACUUGAUCCUCCCCGGGCACCACUUAAGGCCAUCACCUCUCACAUUAUCUGUUACCUUGGCCUUAUUGCUAGUCAGUAACCGAGGCAGCUCAAGGCGGGACACUACAGCAUGCUGAGCUCUGAGCCAACCCCGAACAAAGCACAGCAGGGCUCGCUCUGCCGCCCCACACCCACACACCGUGAGCAGGGCGGGCGCUACUGCGCCGGGAGCCGGGCCGGAGCAACGGGAGCGCCGGGAGAGGCGGAGCGCCGGGAGAGGCGGGCGGCGGCGUGCGGAGCGACGGACCGAAGGGCAGCGGCCUCGGGAUCGCGAGGGGCGGCGUAGGAAGGUGGCCUAUGGGAGCUCCCGGGACUUCAGUUCCUUGGGAGAGUAAAAAGGUGGCGAAGCAGGGAGAAAUCCGCACAGGCUCCCACUGCGCACUGUGUAUCAUUGCUGUUACUAUGGCCCCUGCUAAAAGCCCCCUUGGCACGGGGAGCGCAAGGUCGCAACCGGCGGGGACGGGAAGGGGCGGGCGCUGGGAGUGCCUUACCCAUGGCAUGUGCUUGUGUAAUAUCCCUUGUUCUCUAGCAGGAAAAGUGCUAAAAGUAAAGCUACAAAACGCCUAAGACCCGCACCUGGAGCUCUUAGUGCGCCCUCGCUUUCCCUUCCCCACUGCCGCAACGCGGACGGGCAGAGUCCAAACGCUCCUGAAGGUCGCGUCUCUUUUUUUUUUUUU